CUUGAGAACUGUGAAGCUGAAAUUCACCGCCUACAUUCCCGUAUCAUCUUUCUUCGAAAUCAACAUCGUCGUCUUGAAAAAACAAAAGAAUUCCUCCUUUUUCUUGCAUCCCCUAUACGAAAACUGCCAAACGAAACUCUCCGUCAGAUUUUCGACUACGCGUGCGAAAUCAACGAGCUUACAUCGAAAACGCUCAGAUUAGUGCCCGCUUUAGCAAUCAGCAGUGUAUGUUCGCGCUGGAGAGGAAUAGUCAAGUCAUAUCCUGCCUUGUGGUCCCGCAUACGGAUUGAUGUG